ACAAAAUUAAACCCACUGGAGAAACAAGCCAUACACAAAAAUGUCUGGCAACAGUCUAGGAGUGCUUCAUGCACUCGACAAUGCUAGGACUCAAUGGUACCAUGUCACAGCCAUCGUCAUCGCCGGUAUGGGCUUCUUCACCGAUGCCUACGAUCUCUUUUGCAUCUCCGCCGUCACAAAACUCCUCGGACGCCUUUAUUACUUUGAUGCCGCUAAUCCAAAACCAGGAAAGCUACCCCCUAGUGUUAAUAACGCAGUUACUGGUGUAGCCCUAGUUGGAACACUCACUGGCCAAUUAUUCUUCGGUUGGCUUGGUGACAAACUUGGUCGUAAAAAGGUUUACGGUGUCACUCUCGUUCUCAUGGCGUUUUGUGCUAUUUGCUCAGGUCUAUCAUUUGGAGCUACUAGAGAGGCUGUUUUUGGAACACUCUUAUUCUUCAGAUUCUGGCUGGGAUUUGGUAUCGGUGGAGAUUAUCCUCUCUCCGCAACGAUAAUGUCAGAAUAUGCUAAUAAAAAAACUCGUGGGGCGUUUAUUGCUGCAGUUUUCGCCAUGCAAGGCGUUGGGAUUAUUUUUGCGGGGUUAGUUUCAAUGAUUCUGUCCAGAAUAUUCCUCAGCAGAUAUCCAGCGCCCCAUUAUCAAGACGAUCGACUCUUGUCUACACGGUCUGAGGGCGAUUUUCUUUGGAGGAUUGUAUUAAUGCUCGGUGCAUUACCGGCCAUUCUGACUUUCUAUUGGCGAAUGAAAAUGCCCGAAACUGGGCGUUACACUGCUUUGAUUGAAGGAAAUGCUAAACAAGCAGCGGCUGACAUGGGUCGAGUUCUCGACAUUGAAAUCGAAGUUGAUCAAGAUAAGUUGUCACAGUUUAAGGCCGCCAACGAAUACAAAUUAUUCUCCAGCGAGUUCUUUCAACGCCAUGGCUACCAUCUGAUAGGCACAAUGACCACAUGGUUCUUGUUGGACAUAGCGUUUUACAGUCAAAACCUAACCCAGAAGGACAUUUUCCCAGCCAUUGGUCUAACACACAGUGCGGAAAAAGUUAGCGCUCUCGGAGAAGUCUACGAGGUUUCACGUGCCAUGUUUGUAAUUGCAUUGUUUGGUACAUUCCCUGGCUACUGGUUCACAGUCUUCUUCAUUGAAAGAAUGGGCCGGUUCAAGAUCCAACUCAUGGGCUUCUUUAUGAUGUCCAUUUUUAUGCUUGUUAUCGGCAUAAAAUACGACUAUCUCAAGCAGGAUGCUCACUGGCUGUUCGCUCUUUUGUACGGACUAACAUUCUUCUUCGCGAAUUUUGGUCCAAACAGUACGACAUUCGUACUUCCAGCCGAGUUGUUCCCGACCCGCUUGAGGUCCACGUGUCACGCGCUGAGUGCAGCUUCAGGGAAGGCUGGUGCGAUGGUGGCAGCUUUUUGGGUGCAAUCUUAUACUUUAGAUGGGCAUACUCACCAAAUUCGGAAAGCGAUGAUGAUUUUGGCGUUUACAAAUAUGCUAGGAUUUUGCUUCUCAUUUUUGGUGACUGAGACCAAAGGGCGAUCCUUGGAGGAGAUUUCCGGGGAAGACGGUGGAGAUCAGAAUAAUAAUGAGACCCAGAUGGCGCCUGUGCCAAAGUUGGGUCGGCAGGUCUCAGGCCGCAUGGAAUCAAUAUGAAGAACGAUGAUAAAUUACUUGCUUUGAUAGUUGAUAUAGUAGGUAAAUAUGUGUGAGAAGUAAAAAAUAAAUAGGCAGAAGACGAUGGUUUUUUGCUUUGAGAGGGUGAUUGUUCAAUGAAUAAGAAUGGCAACUGUUGUGAUUU